CAACAGCCUCAUAAUGGUCGGCUUCCUCGAUCUUCCGCUGGAAUUGCGGAAUCGCAUCUACGAGUACGACGUCCCUCACAACCAAGUGAUCCCGCUAUCCCAAGUCGUGGACCGAGUUCAAUCCACAAACAAUGACCUACUCCUCGAAGACCACGAACCCGUCUUUCCGCAACUACCAGUUUACGCUGGUGUUAGCCGCCAAGUCCGCGCCGAAGCGCUGUCUAUUUACUACGGAAGCAAUAUCUUUACUGCCAACUCCAUGCUCGACACCUCAAACUUUCUCCAACGUCUCGAUUCCCAAUCCCUCACAAGAAUCCGCGAAAUCCGAGCAACAACAUGCCAGCACAGCGCCAUCAAGCAACUAGUAAAGCCAAAGCUAGAGAAACUCGUCACGCACAGUGCCAUGGGUCUCCUCAGUCGCAAUGCCGCCAAAGUUCCUCUGCGAACGAAACGCACGGGUCGAGGAAGCAGUGAUGGCGACUUUGAGAUGACGUGGGUCAGUUUGGCGGAAUUGCAUUUGUGGGAGAGAGAUCCGAGGGAUAUUGAUAUGGUGCGACGCGUCACUUGGUUGAGUAGGUAUUGAUUGAGUUGAGAAUUUUGGGUAAUGGAAUGGGGGGAUUGCUCCCUCGAGUUGUCUUGUCUGAUCUCGUUUGGACUGGCGUGAGGAGGAAUGGGAUCGAUGAGUGCAUACAGCAUCGAGUGCUAAAGGUUGAUUUGCAAGAUGGAGUGUAUACUGUGCAUUAGAAGAAUGUACAUGUAAUUGUUUACCUACCAACAGCAAGAAAGGUACUUGAGUAAAACACAGAAGGAUCCAUCCACACGGAAUCAGCCAUAGAUAAAUUUUGGUCAGCGGUCUCUCCUUCUUAGCAAUGAAUUAAC